AUGGCUACCAUCGCUGUAUCGCAACCUCCUGUUACUGCUGCAAUACCCGGCCGGAACGACAGCAGUGAUAGUUCCCGUUCCAGCCAGACUAGCAAUGAGAAGGCCAAGCUCACUUCUCCACUACACACCACAUCGCCAUUAUCCAAGCAGAGCACUGGUCAAGAUGACCGUUGUCAGGUCGACCGCUCUGCCUCACCGAAGCGGUGGAAGACCUUCAUCAAGGCCUUCAAGCAUAUCCACAAUCUGACUCCCAAGGAAGUCGAUGACUUCAUGGCGUCGUAUGAGAUAUACAAUUUGGAUUGGGCUAACGAGGAGGAAAUGGUAAAAGCUUUCGGCCCAGAUUACCAGCAGCGCGUGGGAGAUUGCCUUCGUUCCUACUAUUCGGUGCUCAACCAUCUAUGCAGUCUCGGUGAUGUGGAGAAAAUGUAUAUCCCACCGCUGAUGGACAAGAAGGCUUCAGUCCUCGAUAAUCAGCUGCUGUACGAGGAGUCUGUCGCCAAGGAUAUUAAUUUAAAACCGGGUAUGAAGGUACUCGAUCUGGGAUGCGGUCGUGGGCGUGUUGCUGCCCACAUGACGAGCGUCUGCGGAGCUCAGGUGACGGGCUUGAAUAUCGACGCCAAUCAGAUCGCGCAAGCCAGAGAAUGGAAUGAACGGGUCGGCUUCAAGAACGAAUUCGUGGUCCACGACCAGAAUGAGUUGCCUUUACCCUUUGCUGAUGAAUCCUUCGAUGCAUUUUACGAGAUCCAAGCGCUCAGUCUCUGCAAGGAUACUUCGGCUUCCUUCAAGGAGAUAUACAGAGUGCUGAAGCCGGGUGCCAAGUUCUCGUUAUUGGAUUGGGUCAGCCUUCCCCCGUAUAAUCCGGAAGAUCCUGUUCAUGCGGGACUCAUGCGCCGCGUCAAACCGCUGAUCGGUGCUGUCGGCACUCCGACACCGGUAAGCUUCGAAAAGGCUCUCACGGAUGCCGGCUUCACUGUCACAAAAUCGGACAAUCCUAGCAUAGACGGCCUUCAGGCCCCACUCAUCGACAAGGUUGAUAUCUACUUUCGUUCCGUCCGGCGAGUUAUUCAUGGGCUCGUCCGUGUACGCGCUUUGCCGCCGCACUUUAAGGUCCUAAUCGACAGAUUGUGCCUCGACGGUCAGGCGUUUGUGCAGAUGGAUAAUAUGCGCCUGAUCACCACGACCUACAGGAUCAUCGCAGAGAAGCCAUCGGUAUGA